AUGAUUGGGACGGACCAUACUGGACCAAUAUCCUCAGGGCUAUCGUCGCCUGGGGAUACAGUUGUCCAGCGAAGAAAUGAGGCCAUCCAGGUCGCAGCGCAACCGACCGGGGAUGGGGGACUGAUGUCCCAACUUACAAGCAAUCCUUUUUUCACAGCGGGAUUCGGCCUUGCGGGGCUGGGAGUCGGCGCGAGGCUUGCGCAACAGGGUCUCCGACGUGGCGCGGACCUGAUUCGGAGACGGAUGCUCAUCGAUGUCGAAAUCACACACAAGGACGAUUCAUACCCAUGGUUUUUGAAUUGGAUGACACAAUAUCAACAAUCGCAACUCAACGCUUCUCGGUCCCAAGCCAGCGGGUCUGGCUUCGUGGAUUCGCUCUUGAACAAACUCACUCCGAGGAUGCGCCAACUCUCGGUCGAUACCAAGACGGUUAAACACUCCAACGGCGCCAUAAACACCCAUUUCACAUUGGUACCAGGACUGGGACGCCAUGUCCUCCGCUAUAAAAAUACAUUCAUCUUCGUCAACCGGAUGCGGGAGUCUAAAGCGCAGGAGAUCUCGACCGGCCGGCCCUGGGAGACGAUGACCCUUACUACGCUCUACUCGCAACGUCAUGUUUUCGAAGACCUUUUCGCAGAAGCACAUGCAUAUGUUGUAAGGGCAAAUGAAGGGAAGACAACAAUAUAUCGUGCUGAAACCGCAAUGUGGACACCUUUCGGAGAUCCGCGACGCAAACGCACGUUGGAUUCUGUGAUUUUGGACAAAGGAGUAAAAGAGCGAAUUGUGGAAGAUGUCAAGGACUUCCUGGCUACUGAGACGUGGUACCAUGAUCGCGGAAUCCCUUACCGCCGAGGAUAUCUCCUGUAUGGCCCCCCGGGUACAGGCAAAAGCUCCUUUAUCCAAGCCGUGGCAGGAGAGCUCGAUUAUGACAUCGCUAUUUUGAACCUCAGUGAACGAGGCAUGACCGACGACCGACUCAAUCGACUCUUGACCAUAGUCCCGAAGCGGACCCUUGUUCUUCUAGAGGAUGUGGAUGCGGCCUUCUCAAAUCGCCGGACCCAAACAGACGAGGAUGGAUACCGCGGCGCGAAUGUGACCUUCUCUGGCUUACUGAAUGCCUUGGACGGUGUCGCGAGCGCGGAGGAGCGAGUUGUCUUCCUGACCACAAACCACGUGGAGCGUCUGGACGAGGCCCUUGCCGUAUGUUUCUGGGAGCGAUUCUACGGGGACUUGGAUACGACCGGGUCCUAUAAACAAGCCUUCCUUGACCGGCUUCAGGAGCUGGGUCUCAUUGAGGAUGAGAACGGCCAGAGAGUCGACCCGCCGCAGAGCACAAGUGCUGCCGCACUGCAGGGCUUGUUCUUGUACAAUAAAGGAAAUAUGGAGGGGGCAAUUGCAAUGGCUGAAGGGUUGACCUACCGAGUCCAGGAGUAG